AUGUCUGAUCACUCAUCACAUAUAUCUUCUGAGAAACAAGAGUAUUUAAAAUUAAUAAAUGAAUUAAACCAGGAAGUGAAUCAUCAUCUUCCAAAAGAUAUGCUACAGUUUUGUUUUAAUUUCUUUUUAAAGCGAUUAUUACAAGAGAGAUCACAGGCAAGACAUGUUUCAAACAUGAAUUCUUUUUUAUUUUCUCAAGAUAAUAGUAAAAAUCCAACUGAUACCACUCUGGAGGACACUUUUAAUACUACUUUUGAUGAAAAUAUCAAUAGUAAUGACCAAGAGUAUUUUGUAUCAGACAAUUCACCUAAUCUCAAUGACGCAUAUCUUAGAAAUCGUAGGAUAUCAGUCAGUGCAGAAUCCAUGCAACCUACGCAUGUAAAAGCUACUAGCUUGACUGAUAAAAAAAGACCAGAAGCAAAAUCAAAAUCUGAAAUUGAUUUGAUUAUCACUUCUUUAAAGAGUCAUUUUUUUUUAAAAUCAAUCGAGGAAGAACAACGUAAUGAAAUUAUUGACUGUAUGGAACAACGGAGAUUCCAAACAGGUGAAGCAGUCAUUGAACAAGGUGAUGUGGGUGAUUUUUUUUACAUUGUAUCCUCUGGUACUCUAGAUUGCUUUGUGGAUGGUAUGCUUGUAACAAACUAUCAAAGAGGUGAUAGCUUUGGAGAAUUAGCCUUGAUGCAUAAUACCCCUCGUGCCGCUACUAUCAAAACAACCUCUGAGACACUACUUUGGGCUCUAGAUCGGGUCUCCUUUCGUUCUAUCUUAAUCGAAAGUAAUGCUCAGAAACGCAUUAUGUUUGAAAAAUUUCUAGAAGGCAUCCCUCUCUUUAAGUCAUUGAAAAGUUCUGAGAUACAUAAAAUUGCAGAUUCUUUAAAGCCUGUUAGCUUCCGUGAUGGUGAUUUCAUUUUAAGGCAAGGCGAUACAGGUGAUCAUUUUUAUUUGAUUGAGCGUGGUGAAGUCCUCUGUUAUCAAGCUACAGAAGAUGGUCAGCCACAAUUAGUGAAUAAAUUGAAGAAAGGAGAUUAUUUUGGAGGCAAGUAUAUAUACAUAUAUUACUCUUGUUUAGAACUUGCAUUAUUGACAGAUAGACCGAGAGCUGCAACAGCUGUUGCAAAAGGUGAUCUUAAGUGCGUCACCUUAGGAAAAGCUGCGUUCACUCGAUUGUUGGGCCCUGUUAUGGAUAUUCUUAAACGUAAUACUACUAAUUAUCAUGCUAUUCUUAAAGAAGUUCAUUCAUAA